CGUUACUAUCAAAUUCCUAGGAAGCUCCGUAACUUCUGGGCCACAACAACUGAUUCGGCCCAUAAAGAUUAUAACCUGAACAGAACCCGCUUCUUCUCUUUCUCUGCAUCAAUGGCGAGUUCGUCUUGCUUCUUCUCCUUCCACGCGCCUUCCACUACGAGACGAAACUCUCUCAUUAUAGUCUCUUCAAAAACUUCUCAUAGGAAAAACCAUUUGCGACCUAAAAUUCUCAAAAUCCUAACGAAACCCUCUCUACCCAUCCCUUCUCCUCUUCCACAACCACCAACACCACAACCCAUUCUCUCCCCUCCUCAAGAACAUGAACUCAGUGUCGAUGUUCCCGCCGACGAAGUUCACGGCAAAGAUGUCACCGUCGCUGUUGAAGAGACUGGUGAAUUGGAAGAAUUACGCGUGUCUGUGGAUGCAGCCAAAGACAAUGGUGUUUUUGGCAACGUAUCUGGUAAGGCUAUCUUAAAGUACGGUGGUAUGUAUUUGAUUGGGGCAUUUGUGUUUCAAACGGUUAUUUACUUUUGGAAUUUGGGAAAUCAACGUUCUAAAUUGAGUGAUUUGGAGGUAAGUGAAAAGGAAAAGAGGAAUGGGAAAACUGUGGAGGAUCAAAAUGUGGAAAAGAAAAUAGAGGAAAUUAAAUUAAUGGCGAGAGAAGCUAGGAGAAUUGAGUUAGAGAAGAAAGGGAAAGAGGAAGAGGACGAGGAUGGUGAUUCUGAAAUUGACGAUGAAAGUGGCGUUUCAAGUGGCAAACUUGGUAUUGAGAAAGAGGUUGUUGAACGCUUAUUGAAGCUGAAGAAUAAGAUAAAUAGUAACAAGGAUAGUUCAACGGCAUUGCGAUUGAAUGGUAGUGGAAAUUCUGUUAUGGGUGGUGGUAUGAAUGUGAAUAAGGGGAAAGAGGGGUUUGUCUUUAAGAAAAAAUCUAAAUUUAAAAGCCCUUCAACUAAGGAUGUGAAAACUCCCAAGGGCUUUUCAGGGACACGAGAUUGUAGAGUAUCGGGUGUAAUACCUCAAGAUUAUGGAAGUCAGGCUAUUGGUCAUGCAGGAGUGGUAGAUGGAGAUAAUGAAGUGAAUCAACAAGAUGUUACACACAAAAAUGCUUUCGGUGUUCCAUUGGAAGAAAGAGGGAAAUCUGUUGAAGACAAGUCCAGGGAAAUUGAAAAUGAUGGGAAGAAUGUGGAAAAAAAGAUGGAAACACCAAAUAUUAAAAAAAGCCCUUCAACUAAGGCUGCAAAAACUCCCAAGGGAUUUUCAAGGAAACAAGAUCGUAGCGUAUCGAGUGUAAAACCUCAGGAUUAUGGAGGUCGGGCUAUUGAUCAUGCAGAAAAAUUUGACGGGGAUAAACGACUGAAUCAACAAAAUGUGACAUGCAAAAAUGCUUCCGGUAUUCCAUUGGAAGAAAAAGGAAAAUCUGUUGAUGACAGGUCCAGGGAAAUUGAAAAUGAUGGGAAGAAUGUGGAAGAAAAGAAGGAAACACCCAACAUGAAAACAAAGGAUGGAUUUAAGGCCAGAAGUAUAAAGAAUGGUGGUUUCCCGAAGAAUAGUGUUGGGAUGUCUUCACCUGAAGUAAGAGAAUUGAGGACACAAAACUCCCAGGGUUUUGAAAAGGAUAAUGUGCACCGUAUAAAUGGCAGUUCAGGACAUGGAUUUGCUAUGAAAAGUUCAGCACAUGAACAACGAAACACUAGGACCGAUAUGUGGUGGCUGAAACUACGUUAUGUUCUAGUAAUUCUCAUGCAAAGAGACUCCAACACAGAAAGUCCGAAAGCUCUCUAUAGGUUAAACUUUACCUCUAAGCAACGGGAGCAGGGUAAUGAUUUCUAUACUGUUGCUUUUGAGGACCGCGCUGAUGCUAACAACUUCUGUUUUAUACUGGAAUCCUUUUUUGAAGAUUUGGACGACGGUUUUAGUGCCAUUGUAUUUCCCAUGUCAAUACAAGAACUGAAUGAAGAAAUAAUAUCACAAGGUGAGAAAGUAGUAGUUGUGAAAAAGAGGCAGCUUCAACUCUAUGCCGGGCAACUACUUACUGAUGUUGAGAUGGCAUUAUGCUCAAUAAUAGAACAAGAUCAUAAUGUACGUUAAUUGGUGACAUCGAGAUGAAUGAAAAUUUAUCAAUUCCCAGAAAGAAUGCCCAUAGUGAAUAAACAGUCAUUCCAACCACAGUUAGUGGACAAUGAAAAUACAGUGCGUCACUUCCAUCAAAAUCAAAUGUUGGAGUUGAUGGAACUGCUGAGCAGAGGUGAAGACUGCUUGUCACUACUACUAUUGACUGAACUUUGGUGGUAGGUUUCUCUUUGUAAGUUUUUUCUUGUUCUAAAAGUUAUAUGUUCCAUGUAAGUUGCAACAUGUCUCACCAAGAGACAUGUCUACACCGGAGUCAUUAGGAUGAUCUUAUAGAAGUUCUAGGUGAUUAUUUGGAGUAGGUAAUAUGUGGGGGAAAUUCAUAGUUUUGCACUAUGUGCAAUGAAAAUUUUGAAAGUCAGUUCAAAUUGCAAUAAUGCAGAAAGAUUUUUUUCCAGAGUUUAGCACAAGUUUCUGUAGCCAACGCAUUAUGCAAAAUGAAGUGUUUGCAGUUCAUCUUAA